AUGCUGGGGGUCCCAUCCACGGCGACAGACAAUGAUGGUCGGCGCGCUCUUGGGAUCCGACCCGGUGGCCAUCCUCUUCCACGUCUCAAGAUCGAUCCCAAUCCCUUCGUGGACAUUCCCCCUUCCCCCACUCUCGAUUAUCCGCCGUCUCCCCUCUCCACUUCUUCAUCCCGACACUCUUCCUCUCCACAGGCUCUCAGAAGCCCGUCGUCGCCAGAUAUCUCAAAGUUCUCGUCGCGCAGAGCGACCCUCGGUAGAAGGCCCACGAUAUCAGCCAGGAAGGCACAGCAAAUCAGCAAUUACAGAGGGCUGUAUGAAACGCAGAAACUACUCUCGCAUCUGCUGGAUAAACUGGAGCAGCGCGAGCCAGCACCGGAUAUCCUCGCUCGCGCAGUCAUUGCGGCUCGCCAAGCUUCUGGACUGCCGAAAGGAAAAGGGAAAGGCAAGGUACUCAAAAUGGGCCAAGCGCUGGCAGCUGCGGCGACUCAUAGUGGCUCUGCAGCGCACAAGCGCCACGUUUCAGUCCCAGUCGGUGGUAUAGGGAGUGAAGACUUUCAAGAGCAGAUUGUCCUCGACGAAGGGGAUUGGGACACGGAGGCCACCUUUAAUCUGGUCCAGCAAACCCGCGAUCUCUUUGUACUCGCUGAACGACAAGACCUCGACCUGUUUGCUGACAAUGGUGAAGCAGAUAGACCUAUACUUGACGCUACGCCCGUGAAGAACAAGAAGGGCCGAACGGGAAGGUUUUCGUCAGUCUCGCCAUCUACCUUCAAGGGCAGUAACGCCACGAGCUACGAAGCGAAUACAUCCAUGACUUCCACCUCUGUGCCUCGAGCCUCAACGUCUACCAUUCCGUCCAUGUCUGGGUCAUACCUCCUCGCGAGAGCCCUGUCCGCUCUUCAUUCCCUCAUCUCCAUCGACUGCCUUCACCGUACCCAUCUCUUCCAUCCCCUCUGCCCUCCCAACGCGCUGCAGGCCGCUUGUCUGGAUAUAGCGAGCUACCUGUAUAUGAAGUGUGAUGUGGAAACAAAGGUCAAGGUUGUCGGGAUGGUGGUUGAUGGCCUGUACGGGAUGGGGGAAGGGAUGGGCGAGAAGGUCUACGAGUGGUUGGAAGGACGAAUGGAAAAUCUCUUGAGGAUUCUGGCGAAAGAACGCGGCGGGGUGUCUGAAAAGAAGGAAGCGAAUGUCGACUGGACCGAUCCCUUCUCGAAACCGCCUCCAGCAACCACAGACAACCAUCUUCCGACAUUUGCCAUCUCGACAGAGUCUCCGGAUAUGGAGAAUCCUAAAUCUACGGGUCCGGGCUGGAAGCAAUUCUCUCCCACCAGUCCACAAUUCUCAUUUUUCCCCGACCAACUCCCCGGCCUCCUGUCUAUCCAAGCCAUGAGAGAUGCUUCUCCCACAGCAGUCCAGAUUGCUGCGCUGGUGCCCCGUAUCUUGAUGGCCAUCUCGUCCACGAUCGACCUGGCUGGCUCCAAGUUGACAAUGAUCCACCGUGUACAUCGUCUGUUGACCAUCAUCCUCUCGGCCAAACCAGACUCUCCCCUUGAUUUGCUUUCCAUCAUUGCUUAUGCUCCGCCCGCCCCUCGUCGCACCGCCACAGAGCUCCUGGCGACCUUCUACCCCAACGUUAUGGGUCAUAAUACGAUAGCGCGCCGUCUGGCGUCUACCACUUAUGCUUCCCAGCGGACGAAAUGGGAGACAGGCCAAUUCAGCGCUUUGGGCGAGGACGACACGGAAGGGCACCAUUUCGUGCCUUGGCGCAUCAGCUCGAAGGAGCAUUUGUCUCUGGAAUCCAUCAAAUGUCUGGUAUGUGAGGGUGAAAUUCAUGGCUUCGGCAUCAGGUGUACGAUGUGUCGAGAACAUCGUCAUUUGAGGUGUUAUACGACGACACGAUCAAGCAGAGGGCCAGUGGGGUUCACGUAUGAUGUGAUGAUCAUCACCCCUACUUCCUCCUCUUCUCAUCUCGUCCACGUCAAGUUUGGAUAUAGCGCGCCGACUUUGGAGGAGGAGCUCCUCUCACCGCGGUUUGCUGCAGUGAGAAAAGCCGGCCAGCAUACGCUGCGGCUUAUCAAUCUAUUUACCUUGUCUCUGUGUGGAGAGUGCCGACUGCCUUUAUGGGGCACAACCCGACAGGCGUAUGCUUGUGAAUCGGGGUGUCAGCGGCUCUACCAUGCUGAAUGCCUCGGCCAUAUGGACAACUCCCAAUGCCGGCAUGGCAAAGAAGUCGUGGUUGACGAGAUAUCAGGCGAGAGCAGCAACCCAUUCACCAUCACCCCGGAAUCUCUCGGCCAGGACUUUAGCAAGCACUGCCAAGGCUUGCUUCUGAGUCAAUCAGAAAUGGAAAGCGUCUCUUUUGACGAAGUGGCAGUCCUUUUCGGUGCCCUCUGGUUACAAUACCAGCUCGUGAAAAACGGGCUCAGCACUGGCUCCUUGCGCAUUGCAGGCGAAGCCUCGAGCUCGGAUGGUAAAACGAAGACGGCAGAUCCUCUGAAUCUCAGACCGGUGCUGAAGAUGUACGAAGACUAUCUUCAAGUUCAGGAGGAAAAAGUAUCUGGGGCGAUGCGUGAUUUCAAACAUGUGGCGAAGCUCGAGAAGCCGUUGGGGACAGGGUAUCUCUUUUCAGAAAAGUUUCUGGCGUAUUGUACGGCUCUUAUCCGGGCGCCUUCGUCAGAAUCGCCCCACUCGCACGGCAAUCUUGGAGAAGGACUCUUGACACCUCAAGGGCUUCCGGCACCAAACAAUGACGUGUUUGCAGAGGAGGCUGGGAAUUGCUAUGAAAGAUUACCUUUGUCUUUCAUCUACGAAACCCUCAAGGGUGACUUGUUCUUGACGAGCCCCUACAGCUUGGCGGCUUUUGUCAACCAAUUGAUUAUGACAGGCCUCAUCUCACUCCCCCCUCAUUCCCCUCUUCAACAUGACAACCUCUUACAGUCACAGCAAAACCAAGCUUCCUUUUCCCUGCCGCUCUUGAUGGAUUCAGCACCCACCACUGAAAUUUUGGUCUUGGCAAUCGAGUCGUUGUUGGAUGAUCUGGAUUUGACGAUGAAUGAGCAGGGAUUGAGGCUGAUGGUGGACCGGGCUUGGCCGAGUUUGCUGUGUGCUCCUUAUGCGCUUGAAAGGCUUGGUAAAGCCGCAGUCGGGUGGAUCAUGGCUGAAGAGGAUUGUUUGCGAGAGCUCAUCACCUCCUACGCCUCCAAGCACCGGCGGAUACCAGGCGUUCGCCCAAGUCCUGGUUCUCUUAAAGGCUCCAUAGAUGCCUACAAGAACGACAGGCAGCAGAUCAGAUCAACCUACGUGCGGGAUUGGUGCAAGGAUUUACAUGAUCAGGAUCCGGAGAUGUACGCGCAUAUCGUGUAUGACCAGUGCAAGCUGGCUGCUGUGAAUGCUGCGGCGGAAGACUCUGGCGGCGCGAAUCAGCAGCAGAUGGCGUCCAAGAUUGCUGGUAUAGCGGCCAACAAGAUGGCGGUGAUGGCGGAAGCAGGUGUAUUGUUCUCGACAGUUAUGGAGCUGUUGACUGCCUGGCUAGAGGAUCUUGGUCCUCUUGCUGAUCAUGACGUUGCUUAUCGCUCGUUGCCUCGACUACUCAGUCACCAACCUUCCGACUCGCCCGAUAUCUUUGCUCUUUCAGCAUCCACGACCAUGUCAAAUGCGUCCGAUUUCGCGCGAGUCUGCAGAUGGAUGCGAGUCUUGUCCUUUUCAGGUGCUGAGAUACCCUGGGAGUUGUUGCAGGUCCUCAUCGACCAGCAGGUAGAAUUCGGAGUAGACGUACCUCCGGAGGCCAGUCUGGACGUUGUGAUUGCUGUUAGCGCCAACGGAGCUCCACUUGAACCCAAGACGUUUGCCGGCCUGUGCAGCAUCAUGGCCACUACUGUGUUUGAUAACAUUGGUCCAGGACCGGGUGCUUUGAACCGAUUGGAAUUUGAGCUCAUCAAACGCACAAUGGUGUUGGUUCUCAAAGCGUACGGUGUAAUCUCAGAAGAUGUCUCGGAUACCGUUCUGGGGGGAACAGGGCAGCAAAUGAAGCAGUCCAUGAGUAUGGGAAAGCGACGAGGGACAAAGUUCUCUUUUGUUCGCUUUCCCCUCGACGCAAGAAUGACACUGGCGGCCGCCAAUUUGCUGGAACGUACUACUUGCCCAUGUGAAAUCGUGCUCGACUUCAUCUGGCUUUUGUCCACAAAGGCAAUCAACGUCGAUGAUCCAGUCGGAUUUCUGCACCACACUUGUGAGAGAUUCUACGUGAUCUUUUGGCCACUCAUAGCGCGCUCGGUCAGCCGCCGAUCGCGAGCCCGAGUCUUGUUGAGACUCUUGAGUGUCAAUUCGACUCCUCUGGUCAAGCUAAUCCACGCUCAAUCGGACGUUAGCCGCGAAGAACGUACAAUCGUUCGCGAACGACUACUCACUCUUAUUCUCGAGCUUGCCGAUUCCUCAAUCAACCAUGACCUUGUCAAUUGGCGAUCCUCUGCAGUGGCAUUGAUCUUGGUCUUCUUUGAUGUUCUCCUUGAUAACAAAGAAGUCAUCCCUGACAACCUUGUGGUCCACAAAUCCCUUUUACCUACCCAUCUGAAAGCAAUAUCCCUAUGCUUUGAAGAGUACCUCGUCAAGAACAGCGACGAAAACCGGCUCGUCCUUUUGACUCGUCUGAGAAGACUGAGGCUUGCGCUUCCGCAGUGGGCCGUCAUCUCUUGGGAGACUAUCGAGGAAAUACUAGCCGAAGAGGUGACUAGUAUGAGCCAAUUUCAGCCGGCACGAAAGUCUUCAGUGGAAACGGGCCUGACAGACUCUCAAGACGUGACAUACGCUCUUGCUGCUCUUGGUCUCGAGAUGCUCGCCUCUGGAGUCGCUGUAUCCUGGGUUACUGCUCAACGGUUUCAGCAACGUGUCGUGGCACUCGCCUCAGCAUCCUCGGCCAGCCCUUCUGCUUUUACUUCAACGAUGCUUCCGGCUCUACGCGCUGUACUAGACAGUCCUGCGAAGAUUCUUAUCACGGGUCAUACUUUUGAGACCAAGACAAGGAAUACCGCAUCAGUCGGUAGCUUAUUUGUUCCGGUGGCCAUCGACCUCGUUGAUGAUUUGAACGCCUACGAUCAUUUCACGCAGAGGCUCCUCUUGGAUGUACUCAUGGUGGUCUUUUUCAAGCAAAAUGUCAACCGAGUUGAACUUGCCGCCUUGACUUGUGUACAACAGGUGGCCGACUUUGUGUCUCUCAACGAUUGCUCAGAAAACCGACUUCUUGGUAUACAAAUCUUGCAAACAGCUGUAGAGAAAGUGGACCGAGAUAAGAUCAUACGUGCCGUUCCUCCGAUCUUCAACACUCUUGCUCUGGUCAUAGCCAACGAGAUCAGCGCGGAGUACUGUGAUUCUGCAGUAACCGAUCAAAGUAAAGUGUUUUUGAGAAGCAUAAUCAAAAGCUUCGGACGAUCCGGGCUAUAUCUACAAUUGUUCAGGAAUGAGUCGGAACGCCAAUGGCUCUCGCCCAAGCCCGCCACAGAGUCAAAUCUGUGCAAGGCGUUGCAGAUCCUUUACGCAGCCGAGCAAGCCGAGAGUCUUGCGCAAGUUGGUAUCUUCGACAACCUCUUCCACGACCUCCUUGACCUCACAAGGAGACCGCGAGAUCAAGUUAUACAGAUUCUCGGGUCUUUUGCGCGAUUGGUUGCCGAGUUGUGCAUAGACUUGAGUGUUGAGGCCGCCAACGACUUUGGAUCUUUCAUCAGUCGACUGAGCAAGCAUAUUGCAGAAUGGGGCUACGACUAUGAUCCCAAUCCCAUGUUACAGAGCUGUGCCAAAGUACUGGACCUUUCACCAUCUAGCACCUUAGUCCCACUAUUGAGCCAGAUAGCAACCAUCCUGAACCAAUGUCUCUGCCACUUUGGAGUGACAAGGCAGACUACUCUGAAACUACUAGAAGCCGGCCAACGCGCAGGUGCGAGAGCUGGAGUUGAGAAUCAGAUCAAGUCUGUGCUGCUGAACGUUGCGAGUACCGCCGUGGAUGGGCUUGCUGUGCCGCCUGUGUCUCUUCAUGCGCUGCUCAAGCUUCUCAACACCGACCUCUUCCCACACCUGUCGCCCACUAGCAAAGCUGGCCCGGAGCAUCACCGUGUCUUGGCCGAAAGCGGCUCUGGCUGCGUCAACAUACUGUUCCGUGGGCAUCAAACGAUGACAUCUACGCUGUUGACUGCAGAGCUGCUGCUCGAUAUAUUGGUGGAAGCAGGAACUUUGUUGUGCCAAGGAGAAAUCAUCAUACCGGGCACCAUUGGCAGAAACCUGACUCAGUUGACGAUGAACGCCGCAUCUAUCCAACUACGAUCCCUGUUGUUUCUGCUUUUGGCGUCUACCAAUGUUUCCAUGGGAACUUCCAGGUCACGCCUUUUCGCUCUAUACCCACUCCUCGCGCGAGCCACCUCACUUUCUCUCCGGGCUUCUGCCGACUACAUGUCCAUCCAGGACGCCGAGGGCACAGGUGCUUCUAUCCUCUCAUUAGUUUUCAUGACCUUGCGGGUAGCUUUCCUGGCAGUGACAGAUAAGGUCGCGAUGGACGCGAACGGUAUCUUUGAAUCACAGAAGGAUGAUGUUCUGGACGAGUUUUGGGCGAGGGUCUGGCCCGAUUGGAACCGUUUAUUUGCACUAUCUUUCGACCCGAAGUGCAUCAACGGAGCUCUCAGAUCUGUAACUCAUUCCGUGUUCCUGGAUCUCCUGGUGUUCCUCGAUGCUGUUCAGUCCCCGAUAUUGAUACGCCACGGCGAGGCGUUGACCGUGACCCUGGCGAUGCUAGCCAAGUACCAAGACUCCCAAGGGAUGGCCACGACCGCAAAGAUGCAGAAGGCUGGUCUAGUGCUUGAAAAGGCGGGAACUCUUGGCCUUGGUAGCAAUGUCAUGGUGAACACUGCUGCUGUGUUGAAGCAGCUGAGGGAGGAUCUCCUAGCGACAGAACGGAUACAAGUCCUGAAUAGGUGA